AUCUACCGCUGAUGCAAGAAGUGUCGGCAGGUUGAAUUGAGACUGAUCGGGGGAUAAAAAAACUUCCUAGAUCGUUCUUGUUCUUUCGCAAACAUGUCAGGAGACGAAAUGAUAUUCGACCCCAACAUGACCAAGAAGAAGAAGAAGAAAAAGAAGCCUUUCAUGCUGGAAGAAGAAAGUGGAGACGGAGUGGCAGAGGACACACAGCAGGUAGAGGCCAAGGAGGUGGAACCUGACGGUGGGGAGGACAGAGAGUUCGACCUGGACGAGGACGAGGGAAGGAAGAAAGAGCAAUCCGACGAUCUUGAUGACCUGAACUUUUUCAACCAGAAGAAAAAGAAGAAGAAGCCCAAGAAAGUGUUUGAUAAUGACAUUGAGGAGGGGAUAAAGGAGCUGAAAAUUGAAGGAGAGCAGAGCGAGGCAGCGGAAGAGGACGACCUGGAUCUUCAGUUGCCUGCAAAGAAAAAAAAGUCCAAGAAGGUUGACUUCCAGGAGGAAGGAGAGAUACUUGAGAAGGACGAUACUCCCGAGGACGAUGAGGGGAAAAACAAUGAUGGCAUCUCAUUCAGCUCCCAGUCUGGUACGGCGUGGUUAGGGACAGACAGAGACUACACAUAUGACGAGCUGCUGAGCCGUGUCUUCAACAUCAUGCGGGAGAAGAACCCUGACAUGGUGGCCGGAGAGAAGAGAAAGUUUGUUAUGAAGCCUCCUCAGGUGGUCCGAGUGGGCACCAAGAAGACCUCGUUUGUCAACUUCACUGAUAUCUGUAAACUGUUGCAUCGUCAGCCAAAACAUCUUCUAGCAUUUUUGUUGGCUGAGCUGGGGACAAGUGGCUCCAUAGAUGGAAAUAAUCAGCUUGUGAUCAAAGGAAGAUUUCAACAGAAACAGAUUGAAAAUGUCUUGAGAAGAUAUAUUAAAGAAUAUGUGACGUGUCACACGUGUCGCUCCCCUGACACCAUCCUACAAAAGGACACCCGUCUCUACUUCCUCCAGUGUGAGACCUGCCACUCACGCUGCUCCGUGGCCAGCAUCAAGACUGGCUUCCAGGCUGUCACGGGCAAGAGGGCACAGCUUCGUGCCAAAGCCAACUAAGGCCAACCCAACCCUGGCUUCUCCCUCUCUGACCCGCCGGAGCUUUGGAUGCCCUUGAUAACUGGACUUUUGUUUGGAGUCUGAGAGGGUUUGUUGUUGUCGCUGCAUUAUAUGCCCAGGGUGUGAGAGAAAAAAGCUACAAGCUCUGAGGCGCGAAGGUCUUGCAGGUCAUAAGGAGCAGUGCGCAGAUGCAUAGGUUUUGCAGGCAAACCCCCAGUUUUCUGUUUUCUCAGCUGUGGCAGAUUCUUUCAGAGCUUCUCUAUUCCCUCCAAAUGAGUCUUCUUCCCACAUUUCUUCAAUCGUAUUUAGCCCACAUAUCGGAUCAUAAAGACAAAGCUGUUAUGACAAAGUAAUUGAUAUUGGCUUUCCUUUGGUUGAAGCAUAGUGGUGUGUAAACAAACAUUUUAAAGAUGCAUUCCAAGAGCUAGGUUUCAGUAUCAUGUAUGUACCCUUUUGCACUGCUGAGCCAUACUGUACGGGCCUGGUUACGCAUCCACCAUAGCUGCAUGAACUGUGCUUGCUUCAAGCCAGUAGAGUUUCAGCAGGAUAUUGUGAAAGGGUUAUGGAGAGUCCGUUUUUCAGCUUGUAUACCCUCCUCUACUACUUUUACAGGCUUAUCUGAGAUCUGAAUGCUAUCAUAGCAGACUGUCAGUGGGUGGAAAUAGCUGGGUGUCCUCUAGUAAGAGUACAUGAAUUACUUUCAAACUGAGACUACAGAAUAUGUGGGACAAACCACAAUGACAUCUAUUUAUUGUGUGUGUGUGUGUGUGUGUGUGUGUGUGUGUGUGUGUGUGUGUGUGUGUGUGUGUGUGUGUGUGUGUGUGUGUGUGUGUGUGCUUUUAUGGCAAUUACAAGAUUUUAACUUUGACUUCCGUUCCUCUACACUUAGGAAACACAUUCUUCUGCGUGGUCACCUGGUAUUAAGAAGGUUGUUGAUUUCAAAUAGCAAACAAGAAUCUUACAAGGUAUUCACAUGGUAUCAAAGAUACUCCGGAUUUGUUCAGAAAGCAUAUACAAAGUCUCUUUCAAAUUGUUUUAAACCUGAUUUUUACGAAAAUAAAAUAUUUAACAUUCUCCCAUCACUUUUAUUUAAGA